AUGAAUUUUUUUCUCUGUCCGUUCUUCUUCUUCUUCUUCUUCUUCUUCUUCUUCUUCUUCUUCUUCUUGUUUUAUUUUCUUUCGCCAUUUACUCAAUUCUCUUAUACAUCGUUAGCUUUCUACCUUUCUAAUCUCCAUUCUUCUUCUUCUUUGUCUUCUUCUUUUCUCCAUCUUUAUCUAUUUCUUCUUCUUCUUCUUCUUCUUCUUCUUUUUCUUCUUCUUCUUCUUCUUGUUUUCUUUUUCUUUCCGCCAUUUUACUCAACUUCCUUAUACAUCGUAGCUUUCUACCUUUCUAAUCUCCAUUCUUCUUCUUCUUCUUCUUUUUCUUCUUCUUCUUCUUCUUCUUCUUCUUCUUCUUCUAUAUCUCUUUCAACUUCUUGUCCUUCUUCUUCUUCUUCUUAUAACUUUCACCCGUUUUUCUUCAUCUUUUUUCUCCUGUCCACAUUCUUCUUCUUCUUCUUCUUCUUCUUGUUUUCUUUUUCUUUCCGCCAUUUUACUCAACUCUCUUAUACAUCGUUAGCUUUCUACCUUUCUAAUCUCCAUUCUUCUUCUUCUUUGUCUUCUUUUUCUCCAUCUUCAUCUAUUUCUUCUUCUUCUUUCAAAUUCUUCUUUCUUCUUUUCUUCUUCUUCUUCUAUAUCUUUUCAACUUCUUGUCCUUCUUCUUCUUGUCCUCCUCUCUUUUCUUCUUCCUUAUAA